AUGCCAGCAGUGGGUCUGGUCGUGUUUUUCUUCCUGGUGAACAUUCUGGGACAAUUUGGGUUGGCCGCCCUUGUUAACCGGACCAUCGAUGAUUACUUUGGCGAUCCAAUUACUGGCACAUUUCCAACCUAUUCUCCUGCAGGUUUAUGGCAGCAGGGCAAUGGUUGUGCAGGGUGUACUGUCCGGCCAAAUAGCUCAUUAGCGUUUGACGGUACAUGGCAUGAUACUACUUAUUACAUCGGUAACGGUUCGCGCUCUGUAUCAGUCAAUUUUACAGGUUCCGCCGUUUACGCCUUCUUCAUCACUGCACCAAUAAUUCCAGGUUCCCCUAGUUCGAACCACGAAACUCAUCUUAACAUUACGCUCGACGGAAGUCUCAGUGGCAGUUUUGAUUCUAUUCCCAGCGGAAGUAACUACGGUUACAACCAGCUGGUGUACGGUAAUGCAAGUUUAAACUACGGAAACCACACGUUAGUGAUAUCCAGCGGAGGCCCCAGCCGUUCCAUCUUGGAAUUCGAUUAUGUUAUGUAUACCACUGACGACGGGACAACAGCAUCCUCUACAGGGCCAACUUCUGCUACCUCCUCAGCAACAGCUGUCACGACCUCAUCCCCCACCGUCACCCCUGGAGCCAUCGCAGGCGGUGUUGUUGGCGGAAUUGUGAUCAUUGCGAUCAUCAUGCUCCUUAUAUGUUUCUAUUACAAUCGUGACCGUGGCCGCACGACCGCCAUUGCCAACGAAGCAAAAGACCAGGAGGCUGCCGCAGGUCCUCAGACUCUCAGAACUUUCAUGCCUACAACCAGUGAAAUAAAUCCCUUUGUUGUUCCCUCAAAUCGGACCUUUUUUCACGGAAAUUCAAAAGAAAAACGACCGUUGCAAAACCCAAAUACUGCACCAACAACGGAAGCAGAGUUAAACAGACGAAUACAAGAGCUUCAGCAGGAAAUGACUGUACUGCAGCCGCGGGAUUCACUCUCCUUGCAGCGUCCUUCUUCGAGCAGGGAGGGAACGGAUGAUUGGAGGUCGAACCUGGAGGUGCUGCGCGCAGAGGUCAGAAGGUUGAGACUUUUGAUGCUCUUGCAACCUCCGCCAGAGCAACCCCCAGAGUACGUUCACAGUGUUAGCGACGAAAUAACGUCAUUGGGUGGGCCGGCAUGA